AAAUAAAAUAAAGAACAGAAAAAGAAGGAACCAAAAAAAAAGAAGCAGCAGAAGAAAAAACUGUUCUUUAUCAUCUUCCUUCUUCCCAAAACAUCUCAAUUUCAUCACUGAGAAGCAAAAGAAGAAGACAAUCGGAGAAGCAGAAGCAGAUAAUCAGUUGAGAGGAUAAGCGUUUUUUGUUGUUGUACAGAAGAGAUGUUGUUUCAAGUAGGAGGACAAGGGACUCGUCCUACUUUCUUUGAAAUGGCUGCUGCACAACAGUUGCCUUCUAGUCUUAGAGCUGCUUUAACUUAUUCCCUUGGUGUUUUAGCUUUAAGAAGACCUUUCAUCCACAAAAUUCUAGAUUAUGAGGAUGAGUGCUUUGCUUUGCUUACGCUAGUUCUUGAAACUCAUAGCUUACGAACUACAGAUGGGUCUUUUGCUGAGUCUUUAUAUGGUCUGCGAAGAAGGGCAGUUAACAUAAAAGUUAAGGGUGAUAACAAAGGUCUAGACGCCAGAGAAGAAAUUAAUCACACUGGGUUGGAGAAGCGCCAAAAAGUUCUUUCAGUUGUGUUUCUGGUCAUAUUGCCAUAUCUCAGAUCAAAAUUGCAUUCAAUCUACAAUAAAGAAAGAGAGGCUGCUCUUCAAGCUAGUUUAUGGGGCACUGAGGAUGAGAGAUUUGGUGACACUGACUAUUUUGAUGGAAAUGGAAACUCCAUAGUUUCAACAAGCAGUUCAGAUACAGAAGAAUCAGUUAGAGAUCGUUUGAGAAAGAAAAUCCGUAAGAUCGUAGCUGUUUGCUACCCAUGGAUACAUGCUGGAAAUGAAGGUUUAUCAUUUGCUUACCAGCUACUGUAUUUGCUGGAUGCUACUGGAUUUUACUCUCUAGGACUCCAUGCCCUUGGCAUUCAUGUCUGUCGGGCUACAGGACAGGAGCUGAUGGAUACUUCUUCUAGGAUUUCUAAAAUAAGAAGCCGUGAACGAGAGAGACUUCGUGGCCCUCCUUGGCUAAAGGCAGUACAAAGUGCUUUACUAAGUUGUGCAUAUGGAGUUCUUGACUAUGCUCAAACUGGCCUAAUAGCGGCAGUGUUUUUCUUUAAAAUGAUGGAGUGGUGGUACCAGUCAGCAGAAGAAAGGAUGUCAGCUCCAACUGUUUAUCCACCCCCACCCCCUCCUCCACCUCCAAAGGUUGCGAAAGAUGGAAUUCCACUACCUACAGACAGAACACUGUGUCCUUUGUGCUCACAAAAGCGUGCAAAUCCCUCAGUGGUGGCAGUUUCAGGAUUAGUCUUCUGCUAUUCCUGCGUUUUCCGAUAUGUCUCUCAGUAUAAGCGAUGCCCUGUGACGUUGAUGCCUGCAACUGUGGAUCAUAUCAGAAGACUAUUUCAUGAUGUUUAAUUUGAACUUCUGCACAGGAUCUGAAGGGAUGAAUAAUAUAGGAAAAUAUGCUCUAAAUUGAGACUCUGAGUGACACAUUUUUUUACCUAGGCCUAAAUCAUGGCAUUAGUUGAGUGUAUUCCACUUUUACAUCAUUGUUGUAGAUCAAACUUUGGAGUGCAAAUAAUCACACAAAAAAUAAUUUAUCCGCAUCUGGUGUUUACACUAAA